UGGGGAGACUCGUAACGCGAGGGAGCGCAGAUUCUCCACUUUUAGACAGCGCCGAUUAUCAUCGCGGUCGCGCGCCGCCUGUUCAACUGCGCCGCGCACCGCGCACGCGUCCGGCCUCAGCCUCGCUAGGGGAGAGACGAAGGCGACCGGGGAACAGAGGGAGGGGAGGGGGGGGUAGGAGGUGGUGGGGGUUAAAAAAUGUAAGAGGGGACUCUAAUGCCGCGCUACGGGUGUGGGGUUGUGUUUUUGUGUGUGUGUGCGUGUGUGUCGUCUUCUCUGCUCCCACCGUGACAUUUAUUUUGUCUCAAUUCGAUUCGCGCUCCUCGCCCGCGAAGCCGUCUCUCGUCGUUGGUCGGCGUGUUCGUUGCGAUUUAACAGCACGGUGGGCUGCGUCGUAGUGACGACAAUAAUAAUAACGACGACGAUGAUGAUGAUGAUGAUGCGUAAACAUGCGUAAAAAAAGGGAUUCGAGCGCCGUAAACUGUUAACCCCGGCGCGUUAAGACGAAUUAACGGGGCGAUGGACAAAAGUAAAGGUUUGCGCACACAAGUUAGAUAUAACGCAUUAAUCACGCAAGAGACAUAACGCGAUUAACGGGAUAAAGGCGAGCUUGAGCCGAGCGGUUAGCCGGGCUAGUCGGAUAAAGUGCAGUCGGGUGCCUGAAGCGCUCCCGUGGCAGCUUUCUUAUUCCUCUUCCUCCUCCUCCUCUUGUUGUUGUUUUGCGCGCGCGGCUCCCGUUCGUUCCGCGCCGCACUGCAUGGGAAUAAUGCCCCAGCGGGCGGGUCCGGGGGGGUCCCGUCCGCUCGAGACGCCGCCACCGCCGCCUCUGAUGCUACUGCCGCCACCACCACCACCACCGCCACCACCACCACAGUUCAUCUCUCGCUUACAGCAGAAGGAGGAGCCGGGCGUGAUCGGCUAACAGCGGCGCGGGAGUGCGAGUUUCCGCUGUGGCAUCGACUGCGCGACCCUCCUCCUCCUCCUGCCCCCCCCGGCCCACCGCGACUCCCCCGCCACUGCCACCGCUGGCGUCGCAGCAGCACCCUGCGUGGCCCCGCGGCGGAGGACGAUGCCGUCCCCUCGAGUGCUCCGCUUGCUUCUGGCCGCCUGCGUGUCGUGUCGUCUCGCGUGCCUGGCCUCGGGACUCUGCGGCGCCGAGACGCGAGCCGAGGGGGUCUUCAUGGGGCGCUUCGCGUUCGGUGGAGCGCAAGGCGCGCCGCGCAACGCGUCCGCGUGCUGCAGCAGGCUGGUGGUGAACCCGGACCCCGGGAGCCACGUGCUGCUGCUCAGGUUUACCAAAGGGAACGGCUCCUGCGCGGAAUACAAGCUCGGGGCGCACGCGUACGACGCUCGAGGCACCCCCGCCGUAGCGGAGGAGGAGGAGGUGGUGGAGGAGGAGGAGGAGGAGGAGACGGAAGACGCGUUCUUGGAUGUGUGCGACUCUGGCGGCCGCGUAACUUUCAUGCAGAGCGAGAGAAAGUACGUGAAGCUGCAGUGCACUCAUGAGGAGGCGCGGGGCAAUCGGCCGUCGCUCUCCGGAGCCCUCUCGACACAAUCGUCGUCGUCGUCGUCGCCAUCCAACAACUGGAUUUCGGUGGAUUACAUCGUGAUGGAUAAAAGCGGGGCGAACGUCGACGCUUGCCGCCUCUUCUGCGACUGGCUCGCGAGCUGCUGGUGUACCGAGAACCCCAGGGGUCAUUGCGCGGUGGACAAAUCUCCCUGCUCUUGCCUUGCCCCUCGAUCGGACGAGGAGGGCAUUGGCCUCGACUCUGGGCCCUGCAACGGGAGGAGCGAAGGGGCCGGCUCCAGGCACCUGCUUUUCGUGGCGCACGACUGCGAUAAGGCGUCGUCGUUAUCAGUGCCGUGGUCUUCGUGGGGCAGCUGCUCGGAGCCGUGCGGCGGUGGGCUGCAGAUGCGGAGCCGGGCAUGCAGUGGUCCGUGCCAAUGGGAGAAUGUGUGGGAGCGUGGGCGGACCUGUAGUGGAUUAAGCGAGGAGUGGCGCGAGUGCAAUCGCCACAGUUGUGACAGCCGAUGGGAAUCAGGCUACACUGCACAUCACACUCACUCACUGCGAUCUGGCAUCAAAGACACAGACGGCAGCUGGGAUCAAAUUCCUGCAAUGGGAUCACGAUCAGAGGCCCAUGAGGUUUGUGAAGAAGACCACUUCUGGGUAACCUGGAGGAGAACAGCAGCCGGAGAAUCAACAGGAACGCUCUGCCCUCCAAACGCCACAGGAGUACUCGUACGAAGAUGUGCCCUCACUGAGAAUGGUGUGGCCUUUUGGGAAAGUCCAAGUUUUGCUCGUUGUGUGUCAUACGAAUAUCGUAAUCUGCAGCAAGACAUUAUGGAACAUUUGUCCAAAGGCCACCGCAUUCUCGCGGGAGAAGGGAUGUCCCAGGUCACCAAAGAUCUCCUGGAUUUGUCCCAGAAGAAGAGGGGUUACAGUGGUGAUCUUUUGGCCUCUGUGGAAAUUCUGGCAAAUGUGACGCAGACACUCAAACGUGCCAACUACAACCCGUCUUCUGAGGACGUUCAGAAUUUUGUUCAAGUCGUCAGCAAUUUGUUAUCUGAAGAGAACAAAGAGAAGUGGGAUGAUGCCCAACUGAUUUAUCCUGCUUCCAUUGCACUGAUGAAAAUUGUGGAAGAUUUUAUUCACGUCAUGGGAAAUGGAAUUAAGAAUGCCCAGACUUUUUAUCUCGUCACAGAAAAUUUAGUAAUCAACAUUUACAAGUUCUUGAUCACGGAGGACAACACGGACAUAAUUUUUCCGAUGAAAGGCAGGAAUGGGAUGGUGGAGUGGGCACGUAACUUGGAAGACAAAAUGGUUGUGCCAAAGUACGUCAUAUCCUCUCUCCCGUCAGAAAAGGGAGAAUUUGCUGUUGUUGGAAACAUUCUCUACAAGAACAUAGGCUUGCUCCUUCCAAUAUCAAGGAACUCGACGAUUGUGAAUUCCAAGGUGUUUGCCCUCACGAUGCGACCCAUGCCCAGUGCCAUCGACGUUCCAAUUGAGAUCACGCUCUCGCACCUGAACAACUCAACCACUGAAUCAUUCUGCGUCUUUUGGAAUUACACCCAAAUGCACGGACGUGCGGAGGGCUGGUUGGGACAGCCAUGCGCCACCGUGCUCGGAGAUUCCUGGCAGACCAGAUGCCUCUGUAAAGGCUUCUCGGCAUUCGCCAUUUUGUCUCCAUACCCAACGCCUCAAGAGCCAAAGAUGGACAUUGCAGAGGCAUCGUCAUUCCCCCUCGUCAUUGGAUGCGGCGUCUCUUCUCUCGCGCUUGUCUGCUUAAUGAUCAUGUACUGCAUCUUUUGGAGGUCAAUCAAAUCAGAAAGAUCUGUUAUUUUGAUCAACUUUUGUGUUUCCAUCAUCUUAUCCAACUCCCUCAUUGUGGCAGGACAAGCACAGCUCAAUAAUAAGGCCUUCUGCACAGCGAUCGCUGCCUUCCUCCAUUUCUUCUUUCUGGCGUCCUUCUGCUGGGUCCUCACCGAGGCCUGGCAGUCCUACCUUGCCGUCACAGGGCAGCAGCGCAGCAAGAUCGUCCGCAAGCGGUUCCUCUGCCUCGGAUGGGGUCUCCCUGCUCUUAUCGUUGCUAUUUCUGUUGGCUUCACGAAGACAAAGGGAUAUGGGACCAUUCAGUAUUGCUGGCUGUCGCUCGAUGGAGGGCUCCUCUAUGCCUUUGUUGGCCCAGCUGCGGGGGUGGUAUUGGUUAAUAUGGCCAUCUGUAUUCUGGUGUUCAACAAAUUAGUUUCCAAGGAGGGUAUUCCAGACAAGAAGUUGAAGCACACGGCUAGUCAGAUGACACUUCCGCAUAACGGUAUGAAGGUCAAAUGUUCCAAGUGUGGAGUUGUAUCAGGGAGCUCGUUAUCAGCCUCAACUGCCAGUAAUGCCAUGGCCUCCCUGUGGAGCUCGUGUGUCGUGCUGCCCCUCCUCGCCCUCACUUGGAUGUCUGCCGUGCUCGCCAUCACCGACCGUCGCUCGGCCCUCUUCCAGAUCCUCUUUGCCGUCUUUGACUCCCUCCAGGGGAUUGUCAUCAUGGUCGUCCACAGUUUCCUCCGCAAGGAGGUACAAGAUGCCCUGAAGUGUAGAAUUAGAAACACGGCUGACCAAAGCAAUGGGGAGUCAAGUGGAACAUUUCCAAACGGUCAUGCUGAGAUUUUGUCUGACUUUGAAAAGGAUGUUGAAAUGGUUUGUAGAUCAGUGCUUAGCAAGGAUAGCAGCAUAAGUCGGACGGCCACAAUGACCACGUCGAUGGCCACGGACAUCCUCCCGGAGCAAACGAGCCUGGAGAAGCCCGAGUAUAACCCAGAGGUGGUGAGCCAGCCGGGCUACCUGGUGAGCAAUCUCCCAGACAUUCAGCUGCAGCAGCUGUCCACCUCCGUGCUGCCCGUGGGCAUGAACGAUCUCGGCAACUACCACCACCUGAGCAUGGAGAUGGCGAGCGGGGAGCACGGCCCCGUGUACCUCUGCAAGGGCGAGAACACGCAGGACGUCGAGUUGCUGCGGGCGCAAGAGCGGGCCCUCGCCAGCGACUACGUCGUGCUGCCGAGGAGCGCGCCGUCCUCGCAGGGCGGCGGCCGUGACGGCUUGGAGGGGAACGUCGACGGGGCCGCCCUGCGACGCGUGGCGCGCUUCGACGAGGGCGGCGCCGAGCGUCAGCCCACGGGCGAUUGCGGCAUGGACCUGACGAGCAGCUUAAUGGAGGCCGCUUCGAUGAGGCACCAGGGUGCCCCCGCUUUGGAAGCGGCGGCUCAUUCGUCCUUGAGAUUUGGCUAUGGGACUCUCAACAGAGAGAUGCUCGGCCAGGUUUUAAGGAGCGAAACGAGCUCGACGGUUUCUCUCAACUCCUUGGAGAGAAGAAAAUGUAAAUAUUCAGAAUUGGAUGUUGAGAAAAUUAUGCGUACACGCAAGAGGCAUUUAGACAUGUUCCAGGAUUUGAACCAGAAGUUCCAGCACGUCAACAAAGACAGGGAUAUCUCGACGGUUGAUCUCAUGAAAUCGAGCCAGAGGUGGAGUGUUUCUUCAGCAGGAAGUGAAAAGGAGAAGCUGACCCCGAGCCGCAGCGCGUGGGACGGACAGCGCAGUAUGUCGAACCACAUGUCGCCCGCGUGGAGCGGCAUGGCCUGCCAGUCGCAGCCCGGCGCCGCCGAGUGGGAGAAAGCCGUUGGGCCUCUGCCCCUGGUGGCCCACGAGGGGGACAUUCAGACGGAGGUGUAGGAACGUGGCGACGUCUUGCACGUGUCUCCCCCCUCUCCGCGACUUGGAGGUGUACAGAGCAAGAGGACUUUUACCGAACGAACGUUGUGUUUGAUACCAGGCCCCCGUGUCCUGCUGUUGAUCAUGAUUGUGCUGCUUUAUAAAUACACGAUGCCAUUUAUCAUCCCCCCCCCCACCACCACCCCCGUCGAAGCAAAUUGCGUGGUUUUGUUUAGUUGAAUGUGUUACAGCGUUCUAACAUCAUUUUUUUGUUGUUGUGCCAUUUGAGUUGAUAUAUUACAAAUGUUAGGAAUGAAAUUCACCCAAAUAGUUGUUUUUCUCCUAUCACUGCAAUUUCAGUAUCUUGCAAAUAUCUAAAUUUUACUUAAGGUAUGCUGAUAUGUCGAUAUAUUAAAGUUACUGGUGUAUACCAGUAUGGUAUUUUUUUAAUAUAUAUUUCUGAAAAUAUUAAAAAGCCACCAAUGUGUUGUGAAGUAAUGUGGAAUAAACGUGUUUCAUAUGGUAUAUUUUCCAACAUUGCCUUACAUAAAAUCCUAUCGGGCAGCCAAUGAAUAGCAUUUUAAACAUCCUUGUUUGAUCCUUAUGCACAUGUAAUAUAGAUUAAGACAGCAUUCUAUAGAAGAAUGUACACAUUUAAAAUUUGCAUAAGAUCACGUGGGGAUAUCCUUAAACUCUUUAAGGUGGUUAUGUAAUGGACUGGAAUAAAGUAAACAUUUUUUUAUUUUUUUUCAGAUUGUUUAUUUUAUUGCAGGAGAUGGUACGUUUACAUAAGACAUGCAGUGAGAAAAAGAUACCUAAUAUAUAUAAAAAAAUUACUACCUUUGGAUACAAAUAGAUAUGAUUAACCUUUUAAUUUGCAUUCACAAAAUAUGUAUAAUAGAAAUGCCACUGUAUAUUUACUACAAGAGUCAGCCUUAAUUGGACAUGCCAUCGAAUUAUAAACUAGAAGGUAAAAUGUUAUUACAUUGACAAUCACAAAACAGGUGUGUAAUACAUGUGCCCAUUGGCCCUUUUAAAAUGUAGUUUACCACGGAGUAUUAAAUAUGGUGACGUAUGAUUAGACUUUGCUUAUAUUUACAGCUUUAAUGUGUAAAAAAUAGCAUAAAUUAUAACUUUUUAGUUUUGUGUUUGAACUCCCAUUUUCAAAAGCAUCCUCUCGACUUGCCAAGUUGUACAUAUAACCUACCUUAUACACUGUCAACACAGAGAUAACUUAUUUUUUAAAAUACAAUAAUAUUAAAUAUAAAGUCUCGUAGAUCUUGCAAGUUUUUUUUCUUUGUUACAUGCUCUUAAAUCUUUCAUACAGCGACCUCCGUUUGCGUUUGCAAUAGCCAUGAAUAAUUUUUUUUGCACAAUUUUGCUUUUACAAUGAGUAACAAGUCACACGAAAAAACAAACGCUACUUAUAAAUAGGAUUAUUAAAAUAAAUUUAAAAAAUCGCUUGGGGCUGAUGAAUUUUAAUUUCUGUAAAAAAAUAUUUAUGCAUUCAGCUUUCCAUCUGCACUAUGGCAUACAUUGUAUAAAUUGUGCUAACAUGUUUCUUUUUUUAACAGAACAAAAAAACUUAUACUAUUAAGCAACCUAUUGUACAUUGAUAUAAUAUGUAAGCAGAACAUCUAACGGUUUAGUUAAAAAAAUAGGAUGAGUAUAUGUUUGGCUGUUUUAUUAACAAUGUAUUAUUCAAUAGAGAUAAAAAUUGAUUACGUUUUUCCCCGAGCUAAUGGAACGCUUGGGUUUGUCAUUUAUUUAUAGUAGCUUAAAAACUGCUAUUUUCUGAUGUAUGAAAGUUUGUAAGCUGUACAAGGCUUCAGAGCGUUACUAGACAUGUAAAAACAUGUUUAUUAAAAUAAAUCAAUUUAUAAAUAAAAUAUAUUGUGCCCAA